AUGUUAAAAAGUUGCAGUACCGUCGGCUACCCGGCCGAACGUUUUUUUCCAACUACCCUCUCCCAUCUCAUUGCCACAAACUCUGCCCAUCUCAUUAUUCCUUUUCUUCCUAUCCGAGAGAGGUUGAAGGAGAAACUAGAGGAGUUUUUCGGGUGCGAAUAUGAGCUAUGCAUCGAAUUCACUGGCUUAAUCAGCUGGUGCAGAGGAGCAAGCAUUGGCUGGCAUAGUGAUGACAACAGGCCCUAUCUCAAACAACGGGACUUUGCGGACGGGGAACCAACAACUGUUACUCCCUUGGCUGGAGAUGUCAUCAUGUACACUGCUGACAGCCGAAAUAUUCACUGUGUUGAUGAGAUAACAGAUGGGGAAAGACUGACACUUACUCUCUGGUUCAGUCGUGAUGCUUGUCACAAUGAGGAUGUUAAACUCGUUUCUCUUCUCUCGCAAUGCUCACCGCGUAACUCAAAUGAUUUGCUUUCUUCGUGUCUACCACUUCCUGCAUCCAGUAAUAUGUACUGGUUUUCUCCUGACCAAGCUACUUAUCAGGAAUCGGGAUUUGAUAUUCGUUUGGCAAGAAUGCAUGUUCUUGGUUAUGAUCUAUAUUGUCCUCAAGAUAGGAGCUGUUUUUCAGAUAUCUCAGAUUUACUUACAGAGCCGGUUCAAUUAGCGAAAGGAGAUGAGUUAUUCAACCGGGACUUUGACAACAUUUUGCAUAUGCUGCAGGUGGUGCAGUUUUACUGUUGGAAAGUUUGUAAACUUCAUACUUGCAAAGGUAAAAUGGAGUCGCGAAAAGUUGUGCCAUUAUCACAAUCACAACUGGAGAGAGUUCAUGCCCUGACAUCAUAUUUUGUUAAAGACGAAGGAUUGGCAGAAAUUGUAUUUGGCUAUGCAAGGGGAAACGGGAAUGGGAAGCAUUACUUUGAUUGGGCUGAAUUUUCGGCUGCAAUCACUGAAUGGGAGAAUUAUACAUGCAAGUUAUGCGAAGAGAUGGUAUCGAGUAUGCCACACUGGAGAACUCAACAAGCUAUUUACAGGCUCCCCCUCUGAUCAAUCUUGCCUCUUUUAUCCACAAGUUACUAAUGGCUUUGGAGUGUUUGGUUUCUUCUGUCUUUUGCCAGUUUUUAAUCUUCGCAGCUCUUAUUUAGGUUAAAUUUUCUCACAUUCCAUUCGGCAAGCUACAGGGAACUGUAAACAAGGAAUUCGGGUUUAAUUCAAUACUCAGAAAGCUUCUAAACUUAACUAACUAAUCACUCAAUUAUAUUUGAAAAAUCUUUGGUAACUUAAGAUUGGGAUAGAA